GCGAUGAUGGGAAUGAAUUUAAUUUUUAGAAGUUUAGUGCUUUCGGUAUUUUAGCUUUAAAACGCGUAUUAUUUGCUUAAGUUUUUUUUUGUAAAAUGGCUUUAUGUAAAUUGCCAAAAUUUAGCACCGAAUUGUGUCAAAAUAGUCUUAUUAGUGGUUAUGUAAAGUAUUUAGUUAAGAGGUCCAGUAGUCAUUUUGUGUAUAAACCUGAUGAAAAUGUAAAUAUCCAAGGUGAAAAAACCAAAAUGAACAUGUUCCAAGCCAUCAACAACGCUUUAGACACAGCACUAAGAACAGACCCUAAGGCGGUCAUUUUUGGAGAAGACGUUGGAUUUGGUGGAGUUUUUAGAUGUACCUUAGAUCUUCAAAAGAAGUACGGAAAAUCAAGAGUGUUUAACACACCGUUGUGCGAGCAAGGCAUUGCUGGUUUUGGCAUUGGUGUCGCGGUGGCAGGCACAACUGCCAUUGCUGAAAUACAGUUUGCUGAUUAUAUUUUUCCAGCUUUUGAUCAGCUUGUUAACGAAGCUGCCAAAUACAGGUACCGAAGUGGAAAUCAGUUUGAUUGUGGAAAAUUAACGGUCAGGGCGCCAUGUGGAGCAGUGGGUCACGGAGCUCUGUAUCAUUCGCAAAGUCCAGAAGCAUAUUUUGCGCAUACUCCCGGAAUUAAGAUUGUAGUACCCAGAGGACCAAUAAAGGCUAAAGGUCUAUUAUUAAGUUGUAUUAGGGAUCCAGAUCCAUGUCUAGUAUUCGAACCUAAGGUACUUUAUAGAGCCGCUGUAGAAGAAGUACCUGUAGACGACUUCCAGCUACCUAUAGGCAAAGCUGAUAUUCUUGUAAGUGGUUCUGAUAUUACUCUAAUAGGAUGGGGCACCCAAGUCCAUGUUCUCAAAGAAGUAGCAGCUAUGCUUAAAGACACGCAUAAGAUUUCUGCUGAAGUUAUAGACUUGGUUUCGAUAUUACCUUGGGACGUUGACACUGUUUGCAAGUCCGCCAGCAAAACUGGACGAGUAAUUAUAGCGCACGAAGCUCCUUUAACAUCCGGAUUUGGGGCAGAACUUGCUGCUACCAUUCAGGAACACUGCUUUCUUAAACUACAGGCUCCCGUUACAAGAGUAACUGGCCCAGAUACACCUUUUCCUCAUGUUUUUGAACCGCUUUACUUACCGACCAAAUGGAGAUGUCUGGAUGAGGCUCUAAAGCUAAUUGAUUAUUAAAUAUGUUUAUUUUUAUGCUUUAAUAGAUAGAUAUAAGCGCCCAAAAGAUUUUAAUACUCAUGAAAGUGUUAAUUAACAUAAAUUAAUUGCAGCAGUUGUUUUCAAACUGAAAAUAUAAACAAAUAAAAAAUAUACAAAAAAAAA